UUCAUUUUCUGAGAAAGCCCGUAAACUAUCGUUGUCAUCUUCGCCUAGCUGAGGGACUUUCAGCUGCUCGAACACUUUCAAACACAUACGGAUCUGUUUGUAUUAUCCAUUCUUGCCAGUGUCCGACCUUCCACCCAUCUUACCUUACUUGGAUAAUCGUACGCUAAUGAGAUUUUCCCUCGAUCUGCAUUCCCUUCGUUUGUGGAAUUAUCGUUGCUAACACUUAGGUUUUCAAUAGUCACAUUAUUAAAAAAAACACAAAUGCGCUAUGACCACCUAUGUAUGUCCUAAUUCAAACACUAACAGAUAGUUAGCUAGUUACACCCCAAUUUGUAGUUCGGCGAAUUUCGAGGUGUUUGAGAUGCGGCAGUGUAGUGUACACAAGUACAAAUUGAAACUUGAACGCCUUCACGUUGCAUGAGUUCUGCAAACUCCCCAGCGGUUCAGUCGAGCUCAGAGAUCUAUAAAUAUGACUAGGUUAGCCCGAUGAUUCUAGACCUAAACUUUGCCCUUAUUCUUGCAUCUUCUAGUGCUAUGGACACAUUUCCACCCGAACUACUGAUUCGGAUAUUUGCCAUUCAACCUCCCCAAUCAAUUCAAUCCCCGCCUAACUACACUCAAGUUUGCUCGCGCUGGAGAUACAUUGCGUACACAUCCCCUGAACUUUGGACUACGCUAACUAUUGAGCUUCUCCCUGCCCUUAAAACCAAAGCGGACGCGGCUUAUCUUGAGGAAGCACUGACCAGCUGGGUGCUGCGCUCCCGUAGGAAUAUCGAUCUCACAGUCUAUGGACCAUUUUUUCGGGAAGGCUGGGAUCGGCCUUCAGAAGUGCAGAAGAGACUGUAUGGAAAAGUCAACUACAAAAUCAUAGUCAAAUUUUCGAAUAAAUGGAGACGCUUAAUAACUCCAUAUACCUGGGAUGCUCACAACUUUCCUCAUAGUUUAAAACAUUUUGCUGCUCUUGAAGAAUUACAAGUUGCCGUAGGGACCUGUCCGCUGUCUACAAGCAAUCAUUCUACAUUCACUAAAGCCCCGUGUCUGUUCAAACUGAACUUGGAUCUCCCCAUGUCACCAUCUUUUGCUUGCUUAGAAACCCUCAUUCCUGAGACCGUCAGUGACCUAACCCUGUCAUCGGAUCCUGGUGUGUUCGGCGUCAGUGAGGGUUUUAUGCGAGGCUUUUUGCAGCUUGACCAGUUGCAGAACCUUACACAUAUGGAUUUUUCCCGGGUUGGCUGGACUACACCCCAUGUUUUACCUUCCACCAUCUUACCGCACUUACAAGAGUUUACACUUGGUGGGACCAUCACUGCUUUAGCGGACUUCCUUGGGGUGUUAACGCUCCCUUCACUAAGGAAGCUGUCCUUAUCAACAUCGAGGUUCGAUGGCAACGGUGAUCAUGGGCCCGUAGUAGGACCUGCACUUAUUGACUUACUGAAGAGGUCUUACCGCGACAAGUGUGGUCUCCUUGCUCUCAGUUUAACAUGGAUGUUGGCCAGGGACAUUAAUUCAGGCCAAGCAAUCACUCUGGAAGCGUUGUGUCAUAUUUUAUCCGCUGCCAGUACGAUUACCGAGUUGCAUAUCCGUUCGGAAGGACAUACCGAUACUGCUUGCCUUAUGGAAAUCCUUCGUUACGACGGAGUUAGGCCUGAAAAGCAGAUUCUUCCGCACUUGAAGAGCUUUUCUGCGGAAUCUUUAUCUGAUCUUGACCAGGGCUACUUUCUCGACUUCAUCUAUUCACGUUGGUGGCCGGAUGGUUCUCAACCAGUAGUAGGGGUGUCUAAGCUGGAAAAAUUGAUACUUUCUGGCUGUACUCUCACAGAGAAGACCAGAGAGCAGUUGGAUAUAUGUUACAACGAAGCCUGGGAGGAUAUGGCGGCCGGGAGCCACAUUUGGGUAGCCCGGGGGUACGAAGGCUGAUGCAAAGAUGACCACUCUUUUAGUGCCCACUGUAUGAAGAAAGUAAUGAACGGAUAAAUUAGUAUGUACUGUAAAUUGUAGACCAGUGCGAGCGCGAACGUGGAGCAGACUUGACUGUGUUCCGC